AUGAAUAACAGGUCGAAGCGCCAACUACCCCUACAUCAGAAAAACUACAAUACGACAGACCUCGACACCGCACUUUCUCCUCUAGAAGAACCGGAAUUUCUACCAAUUUCAGAUGAGUUCCUACAGUCUAUACAAAUUGACGACAACGACUACGACGGAAGCGGACAGAUCACAACAGAAGGAUUCACGGACCACACACCCAUCACAACAACCGUCAGCAAAAUUCCAGUCACAACCACAUCCAUCGGACAAACAGAAGCGUCAGCCAUAAACACACCAUCAACCGGCGAAGGUUCGCCGAGUUCGGCUACGAACCCCCUUACAGUGACUAUGGUAUCGACCAGUUCAGGAGUCACUGGCUCAUUCACUAUGUCGUCUUCCACCAUCGAACAAACAGGGUCGUCAGCCAUAGCCAUACUAUCAACGAGUGAAGGUUCGAUAAGUUCAACUUCUACCGCGACAAUCAUAUCGACCAGCUCAGGAGGCACCACCGGGGAAACAGAGGCGUCAACGACAUACGCAGUAUUAACCAGUGAAGGUGCGACAAGUUCGGUUUCUAGCGCAGUCACUGCAACAACGACAUCAACCAGUUCAGGAGCCACUGUUUCAUUCACUAUGUCGUCUUCCGCCACCGGGCAACCUGAGUCAUCAACCGCAACCACAUUAUCAGUAAGUGGAGGUCCGACUAGUCCACUUUCCAGCCCAGUCGUCGAGACAAUGGUAACAACCAGUUCAGCAGCCGCAACCGCACAAACAGAGAUAUCAAUCACAACCACUCAACCAACCGGUUCCGAUUCAAUGACUUCAGCUUCUGAGCCCAUUACAGCGACAACGAUACUGACCACUUCAGGAGCCACGACCACACAAACAGAGGUGUCAACCACAAACACACUAUUAACUAGUGAAGGAGAUUGCGAUUAUGGUGAAGAGGGAUGCAGUCCGUUUAAAACUGGUACUCAGAAAUAUGAGCAGUUUUGUCCGCAGUCAUGUGGCAUUAGUGUCAUCAGUACUAAUGAAUCCUGUGUAGCAGAUUGUCCGAAUGUUGAAUUUAGUUUAUUGGAUGAUAAGAACACUUCCCCAAUUGGACGAAAUAUGCGUGUUAAGCCGUAUCCACUACCGUUCAAUUAUCAGUUCACCGAUCCAGAGACAAAUUACAAAGUUAUAUGGGUUACCGAUAGAGGUUACAUUACUUUGGAUUCACCAUUUUAUGCUGUCGAACCGACGGCUGCAUUCCUCUCAAACAUUACAGUACCGUAUAUAGCUCCGUUUUGGACAGAUUUUUCUUCAAGAAGUCUUAGUAUAUGUGAACAAUGGUAUUGGAAAGAGUAUACCGCCGUAACAUUUAAACAAAUCGAUGACUUAAGUGAUCAAUGUUGUCUACCCACAAAAGCUGGUAUAAGUUGGACUAAAUGGUGUAAUUUAUACUAUCAACUUCGGCCGGCAAGCACUUGUGACGGAUAUAACCCGCCGAUGCAAGCGUGGUAUGGUGGUGAUCCGCAUAUGGAGACAUUGACCAAAUCAAAUUUUAGCUGUAAUAUGAAAGGUACAUUUAUAUAUGCCGAAACAACAGCUGCUGCUAAUAAAUCAGCAAUUUCAAACAAUGGAAAUCAAACAUAUGCUAAUUUACUACUUCCUGAUGAAUUAUUCGCCAUUUUGGUUACCACAACAGCAGAAAAAUUAAAUUUAAAAACUGAACUAUUUACAGAUCAAACUUUUACCUAUUAUUCGAGUUUUUCAAUGCGAUUAGGAGCACAAAGCGAAACGGUUAUUAACGUUAACGUAACUGACAGAAACUUAUUUGAUAUUAGUUACUCUAUAAAACGCGGUCCAGUGAAUAAUCCAUUUGUUGAAACGACUCUCACGAACUUCGCUGCUUAUUUCUAUUACCCAGCUGACAUCAGUAAUACUAUUAGCAGCAAUAUCUCGUUUUCAAUUGCUAGGGAAAACGAAGAAAUAAGUGCCACAAACUGGAAUCCGCUUCAGAAUAAUGGACCAGUGCUAUCUGCAGAAGUUCCUAAGUUAACGAUAUCGACAUAUUCCGGUAUUGCGAUGCAAUGCUAUUUAAUAACUAAAAAUAUGGCAUGCACAUUACUCUUACCAAAAAAAUAUGAGGGCAAUGUGCAUGGACUUGUCAUGAAUGGUUACGUUGGAUUGACAGGCAGUUCAUAUGAAGACAGAAAUGACAUCUGCACCAAUUUUUCACUCAGUACAGAAUCUGCUGGUACACCUUUGAAUCGACAAGCAUUACUCAGCUGGUAUUUGAGUUCAACAACAGAUAAAUAUCGAAAUUACACUAAAACAAGUUGUUUAGACCAAAAUACAGAAAUUGUCAAUGACUUUUGUGUGCAAGAUCUUCUUAUAACACAAUCGGCUUUAAUAUCAAGUUUAACUGUCCGCAGCUUCGUGAAUUUUCAGCAAGCAAAUUUAUAUCUUGAACGUAAUCCACCAUCAAUUCAAUUGCUGUAUGGUUUUAAUGGAGAUCCUCAUAUUUAUAAAUUUGAUAUGCCUCAUAGUUACACAAGCGAUAGUGUUAGAUCUCACAAUGUUUCAUUUGAUGUUACUGUUACAGAUGCAAGUCUUCCAAUUAAUGUGCAGCUAUUAACAUCACAAGAUUCGCCAACUGUGGAUUGCAUAAAUAAAAUAAAUUCAAUCUAUAGCUGUUCAUUUGUCUAUAAUAAUGAAACUAAGCCUAAUUUGAAAAUUACAGUGGUCGUUACGGAAAUAAUUAUCAACAAGAAAACAUAUCAGGUGUUAAGAUUAGUUGUAAACGAAUGCGAAGUGAAUGGAACUCCAGCAUUGACAAAUCAAAAUGAUUUAUCACCCUAUCUUAGUGUAUUCUUUUGUGUGUGUCAACCAUAUAAUAAAGUUGUUGAACCGUGUAUUAAUGAUAAAAAUCCAUGCGGUCAAGAUAUAUGUCAGAACAUUGAAGGAACAGAACUUGGAUACGAAUGUAUUUGCUCUUCAGGAUAUUAUUUUAACGGUACAAUGUGUUCAGAAAUCGAUAUAUGUAAUAGCACAGUCAACACAACCAAUAAUAUUUUACCAUGUAGUGGUAAAGGACAGCGUGGAACGAACAUAAACGGAACGUGCAAUUGUACAUGCAAAGAUGGAUUUGUAAAUGUUUCUCCAUCAAACGAUUUGAUAUGCAAUGAAAGUGUUGAAAUUGUAUGUGACGUAAGUACCGAUAUUUGUCGCAACGUCACAUCUACUGAACAGUUUUGUUCAAGUAGAAUAAUGGAAUAUAACGAGACUACGGCCCAAUGUGAAAGGAUUGAUUAUUGCAACAUCUAUUGUCACAACAGCUCUGAGUGUACACUGGUGCCUAAUGGGUAUAAAUGCACAUGUCCACCUGGAACACAAUUAGAUAAUACAUUCAACUGUGUCGCGUGUGUUCCGGGUAGAGCUGGUCCUAAUUGCUCUUAUAUAUGCCAAUGUCAGUAUGGUACAUGUAAUGUUAAUGCUACUGAUGUUACUGAUCUUUGUAACUGUGAUAAAGGAUAUGAAGGAGACUAUUGUGAUGGAGUAAAGGAUUAUUGUAAUAUAGCACACAUUAAUGAAUGCGCCGUCCCGCUGGAUAAUGUUUGCGCUCAAAAAUCAACCUGUAUCAACACCAACGGUAGUUACUGGUGCCAAUGUGAUCCUGGCUACAAACUAAAGGAUUCGGUACGCCACAGACCGAAAGUACGUUCUUCCUCUACAUCAGUUGUGACUCAAAUACCACCAGUACGCAGAUCAAAGAAGAAUUCGAAAAAAUAUUUGGUAGCUUCAAUAUCAGUACAUAUAACAUCACAGUUAAUGAAACAGGAUAUGGAUGAAAGGACUCUAUCAUCAGAAGAAAGUAGCGAUUCCAGAACGACAUAUCGAACAACAUACGACAACGAUAAUAAUAAUCAAACAAUCAAUAGUGAAUUUUUUCGUGAUCUAGAACAGACAAUGAGAGUAAACAUGAGAGCAACUGUCGCACGUCCUGAUAUGCAUGUUAUGCUUACGAGUUUACCGACCAAUACAACAACGACAUCAACGUCAACAACAGCCUAUACUGUUGAUCCUUUUGAUGAUUUAGACGAUAUAAUCGAUGAUGAUGACCUAACAACAAUGUUUCAUGAUCCUCUUGAUAAUUUGUUUGAUGACGAAGAAAUUAUCGAAGUAUAUAAUCCAAAUUUAAAAUUACCCAGACCACAAGUAGAUACACAACCUACAGGAUUAUUUUCAGAUUUUGGCUCAAGCAGUAUUGCUGAACAGUUGAUUUUAUACUAUUCAAUUGAUUUUUAUUUGAAUAAUGCAUCAGAAUGUGAUAGUCUCAUUUCAACUGAUCUAUUUGAAAUGCAUGAUCCUAUUAUUAUUCAUACAUAUGAUAAAGAAAUUGAUCAACAUCACAAGUCGGCAAUGGCACCAAAACAACCGAAUCGUCCAAAACGAAAUACACAAGCACCAAACGUUUAUACUCCUGAUGAGUCAUUUCUCUGCUUACUGAACAGUAGCAAUACCAAUGAAUACAUUGCAGUAGAGAAAACAGUUCCAUUUAUAAUUACUGGUAAAAUUGCUAUAAUAAAAACAGGAGAAACAACAACAAUGUACAUGGUUAUUGCGCGUGGAUCUGAAACAACAAUGAGAGAACGUGCAAAACAACUCAGCAAAGCAUCACAAGAAGUUGAUCGGCCAAAGAAUUAUCACGAAAAUAUGACUCAAUCAAAUUAUGAACUUGAUUUAACAGAUGAAGCACAACAUGAACCUGUACAACAAUUGACUCGUGAUACACUACCACGUAAUAGUAAGACGAAAGGUGAUAGCUUUGCUACACAAUCAACAACGAAUAAAAGAUGUUUUAAUCUUGAAGAAUACGACGAAAAUGAUGAAGAAGAGCACGUUCAGCUCACUUUGCUCGUCAGGCUUCCUUAA